CCUUCUCUUCCUUCUUCCACAAACUACUUGCCGUUUAGCUCGGAGGUGCCUCUGUGAGUAGCGGGACGUGCAGCUGAAAAGAGCAAAAAUGAAGCUUUUAGGUUUAGUUAUGGUAAUAUUUGCAGUCUACUGCGCUCACGCUAAGGUUUAUUUUCGGGAGGAGUUUCUGGACGGUGAUGAAUGGAGAAGUCGCUGGGUGAACUCCAAGCACAAGUCUGACUAUGGAGAGUGGAAACUGACUGCAGGAAACUUCUAUGGAGAUGCUGAAAAAGACAAAGGUCUGCAGACGAGCCAAGAUGCCCGCUUCUACGCCGUCUCUGCCCGCUUCGACCCGUUCAGCAACGAGGGGAAGCCUUUGGUCAUUCAGUUUACAGUCAAGCAUGAGCAGAAGAUCGACUGUGGUGGCGGCUACGUGAAGGUCUUCCCCUCUGACUUGGAGCAGACCGAAAUGCAUGGGGAAUCCUCGUACUACAUCAUGUUUGGCCCUGACAUCUGUGGCUACAGCACCAAGAAAGUUCACGUCAUCUUUAACUACAAGGGCAAGAAUCACCUGAUCAAGAAAGAGAUUAAGUGCAAGGACGAUGAGCUGACCCACUUGUACACGCUGAUCCUGAACCCAGAUCAGACCUACGAGGUGAAGAUUGACAAUGAGAAGGUGGAAUCUGGCAGCUUGGAGGAAGACUGGGACUUCCUGCCUCCCAAGAAAAUUAAGGAUCCUGAAGCCAAGAAACCAGAAGACUGGGAUGACCGCCCCAAGAUUGACGAUGCCGAUGACACAAAACCUGAGGAUUGGGAUAAACCUGAGAACAUUCCUGAUCCUGAUGCUAAGAAGCCUGAAGACUGGGAUGAAGACAUGGAUGGAGAAUGGGAGCCACCGAUGAUCCCCAACCCAGAGUACAAAGGAGAGUGGAAACCCAAACAGAUCGACAACCCAAACUACAAGGGAGUCUGGGUGCAUCCUGAAAUUGACAAUCCCGACUACAGUCCCGACUCCGCCAUCUACAAGUUUGACAACGUUGGCGUUCUUGGCCUUGACCUUUGGCAGGUGAAAUCUGGUACGAUCUUUGACAACUUUGUGAUCACCGACGACGUGAAGGAAGCAGAGGAAAUCGGGAAGGAGACGUGGGGUGUGACGAAGGAACCAGAGAAGAAAAUGAAGCAAGAGCAGGAUGAGGUGAAGAGAAAAGAGGAAGAGGAGAAGAACAAAGAGCAAGCCACUGAGGGCGAUGAAGACAACGACGAUGACGAAGAGGUGGAAGAGGACGAAGAGGAGGAUGACGAUGCAAAGGACGAGAUUCUUACAGAAAAUGAAGACGACGAGUCAAAGCCCAAAGAUGAGCUUUGAGACAUCGUAGCUAAAACAGAUUAUCUAUUUUUUUUUUUUUUCUUAACCCAUCCUUCCCCAGAAACUGUCCCGUCAUUCAAGGGGUGUUGUGGCUGCUGUGCAUCCUUUUCCCUGAGGUCGGGACACGACCCAAUGUCGGGGGUUUGAAGUAGAAAACGUGGGAAGGGGGUGUGUGUGAGUGGGUGUUGAGGGACUUGGUGUCUUUCUUUUUUUUUUUUUUUUUUGGUUCAUGGUUCCCUUGAACUGCUGAAAUGAUUCUGUUUUCUGACCAACAAACUCCAUUCCUCAUUUUGUUAGCGACACAUUCGGUCGGCACUGACAUCUGCUGUUUUUCUGGAUUUUCUUGAUCGAGCCAUCUCAGUUUCUGAUGGGUUUCUCAGGCGGUUACUAUAAAAGUUCUUCAAAAGUCACCAACAUCUGUUUUUUUUUUUUUUUUUUUUUAUUUAGAUGAAACAAAUCAGAUUCAAUCCUAAUCCAAAAAAAGGAAAAAAAAACUAAUUUAUUUUUUGGUUGUUCCUAUUUCACUGACUGUAACCUUUUACUCUUCGUUCUUGAGAGGUGAAUGAAAUUAUAUAUAUAUAAAAAAUCCUGUGAGUACAUUUUGUUUUAUUUCUCAGCGAGGUUUUUUUUUUUUUUUUUUUUUGCGUGACGGGAUGUGCAGUUUAAUCCUGAAAGUCUGGACAAACAGAUGCUUAUGUGCCGGUGCUGCUCACACAAGGGUAACACACACACACACACACACAGGUUUUACCGGACAGAAUGUGAUUGAUGCCAAAGGUUUUAUUAAAAGAAUAAUACUUU